GCUCUGUCCACUGUUCUCCAGCAGUUCACUGCUGACCGGGACCGAGAGCGCAAGCAACUUUUAGCGAUGGGAUUGUUAAACACCAUUCUGUACUUGGUUGUUCCAGUGUUUGCGCUUUUCUAUCUAUUUCUACGCCGGAAGUACUCGUACUGGGCCGAUCGAAAUGUUCCCCACGAGCCCGGACAGUUCCCAAUGGGAUCACUCAAGGGCAUGGGUUCCAAGUAUCAUUUGAUUCAAAUUACGGACCGUAUCUACAGCAAGUUCAAGGGGACGGGUUCGAUGGCCGGGUUCUACGUUACGCUUUCUCCUACGGUCCUGGUUACUGACCUGGAGCUGGUAAAGCAGAUUUUGGUGAAGGACUUCAACAGUUUCCGUGAUCGUGGAAUGUACUACAACGAGAAGGAGGAUCCGCUGUCGGCGCAUUUGUUCUCUAUUGAGGGGGAGAAGUGGCGGUACAUGAGAAACAAGCUGAGUCCGACUUUUACCUCUGGGAAGAUCAAGUACAUGUUUCUGACGAUGCAGGAGAUUGGAGAUGAAUUUGUGCAGAGCUUCGAUAAGUACGCGGAAGCGCAAGAACCGGUUGAUAUGAAGGCGCUGGCACAGAGAUUCACCUGUGACGUCAUUGGAUCGUGCGCUUUUGGGCUGAAUUGUAACUCCUUGAAGAAUGAAGGCUCGGAACUGUUAGCCAUGGGCGAUAAGGUGUUCAAACUUAACCAGUGGCAAAUGCUGAAGGCUUUCUUUGUGAUGAGUUAUCGCGAUCUGUCGCUUAAGUUGGGUCUUCGACAACUUCCUGUAGAGGUUACGGAUUACUUUAUGAACGUCAUCCAGGGAACUGUCGACCAUCGGGAGAAGAACAAUGUGGUGCGACCGGACUUUUUACAGCUUUUGAUGCAGCUAAAGAACAAGGGAACAAUUGAAGACCACGCCGAAGAUUCGGCAGAUAAGAUCACAAUGGAUCAAGCUGCGGCGCAAGCUUUUUUGUUUUUCUUUGCCGGAUUCGAGACUUCGUCAACGGCGUUAUCAUUUGCAAUUUUUGAGCUUGCCAACAAUCCGGAUAUUCAGGAGAAGGCACGUGCCGAAGUACAACGUGUGCUAGCAGUUCAUGGUGGUCAUUUGACCUAUGAAGCCAUCAAGGACAUGACCUAUCUGGAGCAAGUUGUUAACGAAUCUCUUCGGAUGUAUCCUCCGGUUGGCAACAUCAUCCGUAUCGCUAACCAACCCUAUCAGCUAACGUCUCCAAAUGUGGUAAUCGAGAAGGGCACCAUGGUGAUGAUACCGGCGUACUCGAUCCAACGUGAUCCGGACAUCUACCCCAACCCGUCUCAAUUCGAUCCGGAUCGAUUCACGCCGGAAGCGAUUCAGGCUCGCCACACGCACACCUUUUUGCCGUUCGGGGAUGGCCCGCGGAACUGCAUCGGGAUGCGAUUCGCCCUGUUGGAGGUCAAGUUCGGAAUUGCACAGCUCCUCAGCCGGCUGUCGUUUACGCUCAACAGCCGCGUGAGGCUUCCGCUGGAACUGGAAACCAAAUCGUCCAUGAUGGAGAUUAAGGGUGGAUUGUGGUUGGACGUAAAGAAGAUUUGAUCGCAUUUGGACAGAACUUUUAAAAAAAUUCUAGUUGUGCAUUAAAUAUAACUACUAACAAAACCCUU